GGAGGGGCCAGGGUAUAAAACGGGCCCCGCAAGGGACCAUUUCCAGGAUCCCAGGACCCAGCUCCCCGAGCCACUCAGGGCCCCGUGGACAGCUCACCUCGCCGCAAUGGCUACAGGCCUGCGCACUUCUGUGCUCCUGGCUUGCACUUUGCUCUGCCUGCCAUGGCCUCAGGAGGUGGCCGCCUUCCCGGCCAUGCCCUUGUCCAGCCUGUUUGCCAACGCCGUGCUCCGGGCCCAGCACCUGCACCAGCUGGCGGCCGACACCUACAAGGAGUUUGAGCGAGCCUACAUCCCCGAGGGCCAGAGAUACUCCAUCCAGAACGCCCAGGCUGCCUUCUGCUUCUCGGAGACCAUCCCGGCCCCCACAGGCAAGGACGAAGCCCAGCAAAGAUCCGACAUGGAGCUGCUCCGCUUCUCGCUGCUGCUGAUCCAGUCCUGGCUGGGGCCCGUGCAGUUCCUCGGCCGCAUCUUCACCAACAGCCUGGCCUUCGGCACCUCUGACCGCUUCUACGAGAAGCUCAAGGACCUGGAGGAGGGCAUCCAGGCCCUGAUGCGGGAGCUGGAGGACGGCAGCCCCCGCCCUGGGCAGAUCCUCAAGCAAACCUAUGACAAGUUUGACACCAACCUGCGCGGCGACGAGGCGCUGCUCAAGAACUACGGUUUGCUGUCCUGCUUCAAGAAGGACCUGCACAAGGCCGAGACCUACCUGCGCGUCAUGAAGUGUCGCCGCUUCGUGGAGAGCAGCUGCACCUUCUAGGCCGGCCUCACUGCUCCCCCCUGCACCCCU